AUACAGGCCAUGCAUACUUGUUAGGGUUUGAGAUCAGAUAAACAUAAAGGUCACAGUUGUUGUGUAUGUUAUGGCACCACCGAACAUGGGAUUUAAGAAGUUAGCUGCUGAUCUUGUGGCAAUGUUCCUUGCAAGUGAUAAUUGGUGAUGAUCAUAUAAAGCUUGGACCUAAAAUCGGAUGGGAUGAGUUGGAAGACAAAACCAUGUGAUCCUUCAUGUGCUAAUGUCUUUCACAAAUUGCCAUCUAAAUCCCUCUUCACCACUCAUUCCACAUUGCAGAGGAUUUUCCACUAUAUAUAUCCACAUAUGAGUCAGUCUACAACCAACACAAAUCUUUACAUUCUUCAGUAUCAAAGCUUUCAUUUGUUCUACAAAUUCUUUCUAAACUUCAGAGAGAGUGAGAGAGAGAGAUUUAUAUAUACAACAAUGGGUUUCUGUGUGCCUCGUAUUGUUCAUGCUAAGCAAAUUCUUCGACUGCCUUCUUCGACAACAAACCAAGCAGAUUCUGUGGUUCUAAAUGUCCCAAAAGGCUACUUUGCAGUUUAUGUUGGUGAGGGGGAAAAGAAGCGUUUUGUGGUUCCAGUAUCAUACUUGAACCAACCUUCAUUUCAGGACUUGUUAAGUCAAGCUGAGGUAGAAUUUGGUUUUGACCAUCCAAUGGGUGGUCUCACAAUUCCCUGCAAAGAGGGGAUCUUCAUCGAUAUCACCUCACAAUUGAGUAGAUCAUGAGACAUUUCUAUUUAUAUAGACACAAUUUUGUAAAGCAAUAGUCUCCAUGUACAAAUUUCAAUUUAAAGUAGUGAUCAUGAUGUUCUCAGACAAUUUAAAAUACAUAUACAUUAUUUCAUUUAAAUCUUUGUUGCAAUAUAUGUAUGUAUGCAUAAAAUAUGUCCAUGGUAAGAUCUGAAUGUAAAAGUACCUAGUUUGUAAUGCUGCACAUACUAUAAGUGGUUGUUCCAUGGUUCGUGGAUCGUCUCUAGAGCCUACAGAAGUGAGGCCACCAGGCCAAUCUAAUAUUUGUAACUGAACUAAUCAGGAAAGUCGGAGGAAAGGGAAAGAGGUUUUGGAUGUCAAGGCAAUAGGUUAUAUGGAUGUCCUAACAUCAACUAAAUCCCAGCUCAUUUGAUCACCAGUCUAGAGAAUAAUUGUCACAACUGGUAUAUUCGUGAACUAUAAUGUGAAAACUCAUCCUCUCGAGAUGUACCAUUGAUGUUCAACGAUCACCAGGCAUCUUACACAUAUCCCAUGCUCAUCUUGAAGUACACCGGCUUAAAUUUCAUCCUUCAGCAUACCCAUCUGAAAUCUGGCCCAAGCUUUUAUCAUCACCAAUUAGCACUUGUAUGUGUUGAGGAGCAAUGUCACAUGAGCAACUAACUUGUUCAAUCUUAUGUUGUGCAGCGAUAUAUACUAUUGGAGGUCUGUGUUUAUUAACAACAAA